AUGAAUCUAGUUAAUGCAACUAGGAGAUUGUUCAAGAAAAUGAAAGGAGCUGGUUGGGAGUCUUUAUUUACUGAAGUUGGUUUAUUUUGCCAGAAAUAUAAUGUUGAUGUAGUUGAUAUGUAUCAAAAGUAUGUUGACUCUCGAAAAAAAUUCAGGAUGAUAGAAGAAUUAACUAAUGAUCAUCAUUAUCAUGUUGAUAAAUUUAUUGCCAUCUUAUAUAGACAAAUAAGAGAGUUAGAUGACCGUUCUGGAGAAAUUGGCACGGAACUUCUUUUGAGUAUGUCUUCUCUUGAUCCGAAAAAUUCAUUUGAAGCAUUUGAUCAAGAAAAACUUAUAAGGUUUGCUAAGUUUUAUCCAGCUGAAUUUUCUGAGGUUAAUCUUAUGGAACUUGAGUGGUCUCUGUAUACUUAUAUUGAAGAUGUCAGCCAUGAUCAGAGAUUCGGAGAACUUGGAGGUAUAUCAGGACUUGCAACUAAAAUGGUGGAAACUGGAAAGGAUUUAGUUCAUCCAACAGUAUACAAACUUUUGAAGCUUGCUUUGCUAUUACCUGUAGCAACGGCCAGGGUUGAAAGAUCAUUCUCUGCAAUGAAAAUAGUUAAAACUCGGUUGCACAAUCGAAUAGGAGAUGAGUGA